AUGGUGACAGCUGGAUCGAUGUACCUUCCGCUACGUGGUGCACAGUGUCCCCAAGUGUCAAAGCCUGCUCAACCGCAGCUAACAAGGAAAACCAGUCUGACCACAAAGCUUAUAGAUUUUCAGUGGAAACUGGGAAUGGCUGUGAGCUCGGACAGCUGCAGAUCUCUUAAGUACCCUUAUGUUGCGGUCAUGCUGAAGGUGGCAGAUCCCUCAGGCCAGGUCAAGAAGAAGUCCUUCGAGAUGACAAUUCCACAGUUCCAGAAUUUCUACAGACAGUUCAAGGAAAUUGCUGCAGUUAUUGAAACUGUAUGA